AUGAAUGAAAAUGGAUCUAUCUAUGUUGCUGACAAUGAAAACGAUGAAGUUGUGCAAUAUGAUAUUGGAGACAAUGAAGGAACAAUAGUCGCUGGUGGAAAUGGAAAAAGUGAUGAUCUCAAUCAAUUGAAUUGUCCAUAUAGUGUUUUUGUUGAUCAAGACUAUUCGGUACAUGUAUCGGAUGAAAAAAAUCAUCGUUUAUAUUAUCUUCAAGAAAUUAUUGUAGAUCAACUAGGUACUCACUAUGUGGCUGAUUGCUUAAACGGACGAGUAAUGCGUUGGUUCAAAGGCGCUACACAAGGUGAUAUAAUUGCAGGUGGAAUCGGUGACGGAGAAGAAGCUAAUAAAUUAUCAUUAGUCAAUGGUUUAGUAUUUGAUAGUCAAGGUAAUCUCUAUGUUGUUGAUACAGGGAACGCUUGUGUACAAAAAUUCGAUAUCACCUGA